AUGCCACUCACUCUCAUCACAUUGCGCUUUGGUCGAGAUUAUAAUCAACCAUUGACACCUAGUGUCCUGCCAGGCUCUCUCCAAAAGUUGACGUUUGGAGAGCGCUUCAACCAGAUACUGGCCCCUGGAUCUCUGCCUCACUCCAUCAAGUUCCUUGUCUUUGGGGAGCACUUCACACGAGAGUUCAAGGCUGGUGCGCUACCAACAUCGCUGUACUUCCUCAGGCUCAACAGACGCCAGGAAUUCAAGAACAUCCGCGUGACUAAAGGUACAUACUCCACGAUCAUUUUGGACCACAUGGUGGAGGCCGAUGAGUCUGGCGGCGAGUUCAAGUCCAUCAAGGUGUCCAACAUUUCAUCGCGUCACUGUUUGUGCAUUGUCCAGCACGAAGCCUUCUCGCCAGCGGCCAACCAGGUACUAGUCCUCAAGCCCGAGGGCUUUGAGCUGCUCAAAGAUGAUAGAUGCACACUCACAGUGUUUGAGAGAUGUUCCAAUGGAGAUUAUAAACAGAUUGUUGGCAAUGUCAAUCUACAACAAGGUUCAAGAUUCAAGAUCAUACAGUACCAAUUGAUACAUGGUGGUGAUAAGGUCUAUGGUGCCACUGUUACACGUCAACAGGCCUCAUCUCCAGAGUCGCCCAGACCACAAGGCUUCAACACUGUACACAUCAACAAUCAACGUUACUAUGUCGUGAAGAAGUAUACCGAGUCGGACCCAUCAUCUAGUACACCUGUCAAUACAUCCGGCCAGACCUACCUUCUCAUGAAGGACGAUGACACCAAGGUGUUGAUACUGUGCAGGGAGAUCAAUUAUAGCAAUACAAGUAGCAAGAGAUAUAAGAGGAUAAUGAGUGAGAUCAAGGUGAUGGAUUGCUUGAAGGGACAAGGAGAGUUUGUCGACUUUUACACAUACUAUGAUAACAAGGAUACUCAAACCAUUCAGAUACUCGAGGAGUAUUGUGAUGGAGGUAGUCUCCAAGACAAGAUAGACCAGAUUGAGAGAUUGAAUAGAAGAGAGGAUAUUCCACAUUACAUCAAGGAGGGAGAGAUAUGGACAUACUUGACAACGAUGUUGAAUAUGUUGAGGAUAAUGGAACAGAAUGGAAUUGCUCACAGAGAUAUCAAACCCUCAAACUUGUAUAUAAAGGGUGACCUGGGUAUCAAGCUAGGUGGAUUUGGUUUGGCAACAAUAGUCACCAGGAAGAUAUAA